AUGCAUUACAUACGAGGGGUGCGAAUAAGGACUGUUGUGAGAGUAGUUGCUUGUUUAUUACAGCUAGCAUCAACAAAUCCUUUCCCAUUGCACUCAAGCGCCUCGAACAAUGGUUUUGAAACAUCAGCCACCGAAUUCGACGAUUUGUCAACCAAUGAACGACCACCCAUUCCGCCAAUGCCUUCUGACUUGUUUCGAAAAAUGGCCCAGUCCCAGCUGGAAGUCCUGGCCAAUGCUUUAAACAGGCCCGAGAAUUCGUCAGAAAGCAAGGUUGAAUCCAUGGCACUUUACUUGCCUCAGGAAAAUGUAUUCACUGGGCAAUUGGAGUUCACCCCUGUCGUCGUGUACCCGGAUCCAAAGAGCGAACGAGUGUUCAUCAGCUACGAUGCGGGGUCCGGAAAAGCCCCAACAUUACCAAGGGCUUUGACGAAAUUACCAGGUUUCUCACAUGCAGCGACCCUCCUUCCGGGAUAUCCUAUGAUAUCAUCUUCAGGUGAUUGUGAUCCAGAUGUGGGCAGUGUAGAAGAGGUCAUGUGCGAUCCCAGAUUCAAGUAUGGACCGCCAGCAUUGUCUGUUCCACUGCUUUCAGGACCACAAACUGUAGGUGUUUUGCUUGUGUCAGGCAUGACAGAGCCUACAAAAAAGCAGUUUUGGUCCGAAAACGACAGAAGGCAGGUGUCGAGCGCGGCUCAGAGUUUGUCGAUGGCUCUCACCAUGGAUAACGAGCGAAGCAUACUGAGGGAACAAAACCAGAUGUUCAAGGAUAGCUUGUCUGACAGUCUUCAUCAGGUCAAGAAUCCAUUGCAAGCACUUAGAACGUAUGGAAAGAUUCUCCAGCGCCAUAUGGCGGAUGCGGACUCUUUUCGUGGUGACGAUAUGAGCUCACCACAGCUUCUUGAACUGGUGGAGCGAUUGAUGACUCAAAGCGAAAGGGUUGUUGAUCUAAUGAUUCCUAUGGACACUUUGGUAAAUAGUUUUGACCAACCUGGACCAUACAUUCUAGCACCUGCCGAAAAAGAGCCGCAGCCACAACCUCUUGUACUCUGGGAAAGGCGAAGGAAAGUGGAAACCGUUUCAACUCCAACGAACAAAACCUUUGAAUUCGAUGUGAACAAAAUUGAGAACAAUACUGAGCUGAUAGGAUCCUUGUUCCUGCCGCGGACAAUAAAUACAACUUCAAGAAGUGACGACAGUAGGAAGAAGCAAAAGGUCAAAACGAAGUUAGAGCCAAAUCAAUCCAGUAAUGCGCACACCACUGUCGGGGAUGUUGAAACUGAAAUGGUGUUUGUCAAUGACAUCUUGGAGCCAAUAAUAUCAGCAUUUGAAGCGAUCGCAUCCGAGAGAAAUAUAGAUCUCAAAGUCGUCGAAAUGGACCCAGAGCUGCCCGGUGUGAUCGCGGCUCCAAAGUCUUUGCAAGAAGCAGUUGCGAACUUGCUUGACAAUGCGCUGAAGUAUGUGAUACUUCCGAAGAGUGAUUCGCCAUUUACCUCCAACCCCUCUCCCAAAGUUGAUAUUCGGAUUCUUGCCAAUCAAGAUCCGGUCGGUGUGACUGUCUUGGUAGAAGAUAAUGGGCCAGGGAUAAGCGAAACCGACGCUGAACAAAUAUUCCAGCGUGGAUUUCGAGGUGAAGCAACCCGGUCCGUUCAAGGGACGGGAAUCGGGUUAGAUAUUUCCCAAGCUUUGGUUCAACGAAUGGGGGGAGAUCUUCAAUUAGCAAGUCAUGAGGACUACCCUCAAUGCUUGGAUGGCACAGUCAUGGCGUUGACAUUAUACCGAGCGAUAUCCUGA